UAACCGUAUGCUUUUGAUGGACGUAGUAGUGAGUGAAUUUAAAUUCGUGUAUUUUUUGUGUUAAUCGUAUACGCUGAAACCAUGGAUCAAAUUCUAGUCAGUGUCAAACAAGGACAUUUGAGAGGAAAGGAAUGCAAAGACUACUACGGAAGGAAAUACUACAGUUUUCAAGGUAUUCCGUAUGCCAGGCCACCUGUUAACGAAUUGAGAUUUAAGGCUCCUCUCCCGCUUGAUAAAUGGGAAGGUGUCUUAGACGCAACUAAGGAAGGCAACAGAUGCUAUGCUAGGCAUAAUUUUUUUCAAAAACUCAUGGGAUCAGAGGAUUGUCUCUUCCUAAACAUAUAUACUCCCUCUUUACAUUCCCCUUUAUUGCCCGUAAUGUUCUGGAUACACGGCGGUGGGUACGUUUCCGAUUCCGGGAGCUCGGAGCUGUACGCGCCCGAUUUUUUGGUACCCGAAGACGUCGUGCUUGUCACCAUUAACUAUAGAUUAGGAAUGCUGGGUUUUCUAAGUCUGAAAGAUCCCAGCUUAGGUAUACCAGGAAAUGCGGGGUUAAAGGAUCAAGUCUUGGCUUUAAAAUGGGUGAAGAGCAACAUUGAGCAAUUCGGAGGUGAUCCUAAUAAUAUAACGAUUUUUGGACAAAGUGUAGGCGGUGGGUCCGUGCACUAUCUAAUGUUGUCACCGUUGAGUAAAGGGAUAUUCCACAAGGCCAUAAUUCAGAGUGGAAGUGCGCUGAGCAACAGAGGCCGUGGCCAGUAUUCGACUCCGUUAAUAUCCAAAGCGUUGAAGCUCAAUUCCAUGACAGAUGUAGAACUACUCCACGUGCUCAAAGAACUGGCUGUAGAAGAACUCUUUGAAUUGCAAGAAAAAAUUCCUGAACCGUACCUCGUGAGCGUCCACCGACCCUUUGGUUUUGUUGUAGAGCCAUACCUGACCGAAGGAACUUUCUUAGCUGAGGAACCUAUAGAUAUAAUCAAAUCAGGUAGAUACCACGACGUUCCUUUAAUGAUAGGAUUUACAUCCAGAGAGGGAUUCUACGCUACGGUCAGAUACAACAAUGUGCAAAUGGUCGGAGACUUUGAAGAUGAAAUCGCAUGCAGCUUGCAGGUUGCCAAAGGAACGGAACUGUCCAAACAGAUCGCGAACAAAAUCAAGAAGUUCUUCUACAAUAACGAAAUGCCAUCUAUGUUAAACACAGAUGCCUUCCACCUUUUACAAACGGACAACAUGUUCUUGAGGCCCGUAUACAACACCGUUCGAUACCAUCGCGAUACCGCAAGGUGUCCGAUUUAUUUCUAUCGAGUGUCGAUUGACUCACAACUGAAUGCCGAGAAACGGUUUAUGGGGAUUACUAAACCAGGCGUGUGUCAUGCAGACGAACUGGGUUACCUGUUUAUGAGCGAGAGUACCGCGAAGAUUGCUCCCGGCAGUAUUGAAGACAACGGAAUCAAAGUAUUUACUACUCUGUGGACUUCAUUUGCAAAAACCGACAACCCAAACCCCACGGAAAAACAUCCUCUGAUCGACGUGCUCUGGAAACCGGUAAAGGAGGGGCCGAUUGACUUCCUCGAUAUCGGUGAAAACCUGACAGUCGGCGUGAACCCCGAAAAAAUUCGUAUGGCGUUUUGGGACGGAAUUGAUCGAAUGUGUUCAGUGCGACAUAACAGCCGUGUCCGUUCAGUUCAAGUGGAAAUGUCUAACGAACCGAUUGUGACCGUAAAACAAGGAAAGCUAAAGGGAAAAGUAUGCAAGGAUUAUGAUGGCAGACCGUUUUACAGUUUUCAAGGGAUCCCCUACGCGUUGCCGCCGACGGGGACCUUAAGAUUUAAGGCGCCCAAACCGGCUGAACCAUGGUGUGGAAUCCGAGACGCGACGUCCGAAAGAGAAAUCAGCAUCUCCAGGCACAUGAUUACCUCCGACAUUGUUGGAGCCGAAGACUGUCUAUUUGUAAACGUGUUUACACCAUCAUUAACAGCACCGUUAAGGCCGGUCAUGUUUUGGAUGUAUGGGGGUGGGUAUCUGAUAGGUUCGGGAAAUAGCGACUUGUACGGUCCUGAUUAUUUAAUAACGGAGGAUGUAGUAAUCGUAACAUUCAACUAUCGACUGGGCAUUUUAGGGUUUCUUAGUAUGAACGACCCCUCGUUGGACGUGCCGGGAAACGCAGGUUUGAAAGACCAAGUUAUGGCAUUGAGAUGGGUGAGAGAGAACAUCGCGCAGUUCGGAGGCGACCCUGAUAAUAUAACAAUCUUUGGUGAAAGCGUUGGUGCGGCAUCAGUGCAUUUCUUAAUGCUCUCACCAAUGAGUAAAGGCUUGUUUCAGAAGGCAAUAAUGCAGAGUGGUAGUGCCAUUGCAAACCGCGGCCGUGGACAAUACUCAUCCCCCUUAUUGGCUGCCGCUCUAAACUUACCAUCGGUCGAUGAUGCACAAAUCUUUGGUAUUUUAAAAGAUAUGACCGCAGAUGAGUUGUACGCAUUGCAGGAGAAAGUGCCAGAUAGAUACCAAACCCGCUACUUCCGACCCUUUGGAGCAGUAGUCGAACAGUAUAUCAACUCGGAUACUUUUUUGGCUAAAGAUCCGUUGGAUAUAAUUAAAUCUGGCGAAUACUACCAAGUGCCGUUGAUGAUGGGUUUUACAUCAAGAGAAGGAUACUUUGUUAUUAAAAAAUACGAUUACUUAAGUCAAAUCACUGGUGACUUUGAAGAUGAAAUACCCUUCAGUUUCAAUACAGUGAAAGGUAGUGAUUUAUCCAAGACCGUGGCGAAAAAAAUUAAACGCUUCUUCUACGGCGACGAAGAACCGUCAGAUGAGAAUACCGACGCAUUUUACUUGUUACAGUCGGACAACAUGUUCCUGCGUCCCCUGUACAAUAGCGUCAAGCACCAUUGCAGGACCUCCAAAUAUCCGAUUUAUCUCUAUCGCAUGUCCAUUGAAUCCAAGUUAAACGUUUUCAACGAACACUUUCACAACAAAAAGAAGGGAGUGUCUCAUGGGGAUGAUUUGGGUUAUCUGUUCAAAACCGAUAUCUCACCGAAAAUUAAGCCGGACAGUAUCGAGGAAAACGGCAUGCGAGUGUUUGUAAAGUUGUGGACGACAUUUGCAAAAACUGGAAAUCCGAAUCCUACAGUUCCGCAUCCCCUCAUACACGUAAAAUGGCAGCCGGUGGAGCAAGGGACGAUUAAUUACCUAGAGAUUGGGGAAAACGUAACUGUUGGUGUCAACCCUGAAUCUACGCGAAUGAAGUUCUGGGACGAAAUUGAAGAAUUGUGCUUUAAAGCGUCUUAAUUUGUCUAAUAAAGAACUACUUUGCUUUUGUA